AUGGCUUGCAAGAAUAGCACCCUGCGCUUCACGUUUUCAGCCCCCAGCCACAGUGGUACACUCCUCCAGGGCUUGUCAAUAUUAAGGGCUCAAGGCCAACUUCUUGACGUGGUGCUGGCCAUCAAUGAGGAGCGCUUCCAGGUCCACAAAGCUGUGCUGGCUGCUUGUAGUGAUUAUUUCAGAGCUAUGUUCACUGGAGGUAUGAAGGAGUCGAAUCAAAGCACUAUUGAGCUGAGAGGUUUGUCUGCCCGGGGCCUGAAGCAUAUUAUAGACUUUGCUUACAGUUCGGAGGUCACAUUAGAUCUGGACUGUAUCCAGGAUGUCCUUGGAGCAGCUGUCUUCCUCCAGAUGGUCCCUGUUGUGGAACUAUGUGAAGAGUUUCUCCAGUCAGCCAUGAGUGUUAAGACAUGCCUACACAUCGACCAGAUGGCAACCACCUUCAGCUUGUCCUCCCUCAAGGCGUCAGUGAAUGCCUUCACCUUUCGCCAUUUCCUACAAAUAGCCGAGGAGGACGACUUCCUGCACAUUCCAAUGGAGCGCCUUGUCUUCUUUCUGCAAAGUAACAAACUAAAGAACUGUAGCGAGUUUGAUCUUUUCCAUGCGGCAAUUCGAUGGCUGCGGCAUGAUGAGUCUCGCCGUGCUCAAGCCAGUAGUGUCCUCUGCCAUGUUCGCUUCCCCCUAAUGCGUUCAUCCGAGCUGGUAGAUAGUAUUCAGAGGGUAGACAUCAUGGUAGAGGAUGUGCAGUGCCGCCAGUACCUCCUGGAGGCCUUCAAUUAUCAAAUUCUUCCAUUCCGACAGCAUGAGAUGCAGUCACCACGCACACUAAUUCGUUCUGACGUUGUGUCUUUCAUCACCUUUGGCGGGACCCCGUACACUGACAACGACCACAGUGUUAGCAGCAAGGUGUACUAUCUCCCUGAUAAUGCUUCCCGUCAGUUUAAGGAAUUGACUGAGAUGGACACAGGAUGCAGCCACGCCUGUGUCGCUGUCGUUGAUAACUUUGUGUAUGUUGUAGGCGGGCAGCAUUUACAGUACCGAAGUGGCGAAGGUGCUGUUGAUAGCUGUAUGCGCUUCGACCCGCACUUGAAUCAGUGGCUACGUAUCCAACCAAUGCAAGAGGCCCGCAUCCAGUUUCACCUCGAGGUCUUGAACGGAAAACUUUAUGCCACUGGAGGGCGCAAUCGAUCGGGCAGUCUGUCGUCUGUGGAGUGCUACUGCCCCAAGAAAAAUGAGUGGACUUACGUGGAGCCAUUAAAACGUAGGAUUUGGGGUCAUGCAGGGGCUUCCUGCGGAGAAAAGCUAUACAUCUCCGGUGGUUAUGGUGUAUCUUUGGAUGACAAGAAAACACUCCACUGUUAUGACCCAAUGACUGACCAGUGGGACUUCAGAGCGCCUAUGAAUGAACCUAGAGUGCUGCAUGCCAUGAUUUGUGGAAAUGAUCGGGUCUAUGCUUUGGGUGGACGCAUGGACCAUGUGGACCGCUGUUUUGAUGUGUUGGCUGUUGAGUAUUACGAUCCGCAGAGUGACCAGUGGACUACACUCAGCCCCAUGAGAGCAGGACAGUCUGAGGCUGGCUGCUGCUUACUGGACAGAAAGAUCUACAUUGUCGGUGGCUAUAAUUGGCACCUGAACAACGUCACAAGCAUCGUCCAGGUGUAUAACACAGAGACUGAUGAGUGGGAGAGGGAUUUACACUUCCCUGAAUCCUUUGCUGGUAUUGCUUGUACACCCAUUAUACUUCCGCAGACACACAUUGAAUAUCUGACUUCUUGGCUGUGA